AGAUUCAUUCAAAGGCCUGUAGAGGACAAGGUAAGAUCUGACAAGCAACAAUGGAAGACGUUAUCAUCUACAGCGUUGGAGCCUUGGUAGUGCGUGGCUUGCGUCGCGCUGUCUUUGGCCCACCGCGAGAGGAAAAGCUUGCAGAGGAGGUGAAGCAGUUGCAAGGGCUGGUUGCUCAGCAAGACAGUGUCAUUGCCCAGCAAAGUGAACGCCUGCAGCAGCUAGAGCAGGCACUGCAGCUCCCUGCUGCUGAUGCACCUCAGCGUCCCUUGGCAUUGCGUCUGCCAGGACCAUCACAUGCAACAGGUCAAUCUUCUCCUUCUCUCAAACGCUCCGCGCCAGCAGCAACUCCCGAUGAGGCAGAAAUCAGCCCAAAACGCUUUCGUUGGAGCCUCUUCCCCAACAUUGCAAGGAACAAGGCUGAGGGACCGGCGCAGCCUGAACUGCAGCCCAGCUCUCCACCGCCCUCCAAUCGCAUCCCUGCAGCAACACUGGACACCUCAAGCAAUCCGACCUCCAGUGGUGAGGAGCAGUCAAGCUCUGAUGGGGCAGACACCAGCGCGUCCAAGAGCAGCAUGUCAGAGGGCAGCAUGGACAGUGAAACAUCCUGCUCAGAUGACGAGACUGGCGACACUGAGGGCACAGAGGAGGACUCCGGUGAGGAAGAGGACUCCAGUGAGGAGGAGGAGUCAGGUGAUGAGGAUAUGCCAAUCAAGGCUGUGCCCAUUACCGCCGUCAUGUCAGGCAGUGAAUCUGAGAUGGAUGCCAGCGAGACCAGUGAAUCUGAGAGCGAUGUCAGCGAGGCAGGCAGCGAAGAGGGCGGGCCCAGCUUGGAGCAGGGCACCUCCAACGUCUCAAGUGAAUCAAGUGAUGCAAGCACUGAUGCCUCCAGUACUUCCAGUGAGAGCACUUCACCAGAAGCCAGCCUCACCGAGGAGGACAGCAAGGCAGGCACUGAGGCCAACAGCUAUGAGAGCUCCGGCAAGUCAGAGGGCAGCUCUCACGACAGCCAAGGCAACCAAGACAACCAUGGACCUGCUGACGCAGAUGCCCCGUAUAUUGACGAAGCCAUCAAGGAAGCGUUGUCAGUCUUCUCGUGCGAGCAGUGCGGCAAAAUAUCCCGCCACUGUGGCUGCGACAAGGCAGCAGCAGAUCCAGCAGUGACUGAGAAGUCUGCGAGUGGCGCAUCUGAGGAGCAGUCCAGCGAUGAGUCAGACAUCUCCAACGACAGCGACCCAGUUGCAGUGACACCCACAGCCGCGGAGCCUGUGCAAGAGGACCAAACUGACCUGGCCUUGGACGCAGAGCAGGCGGCAGUUGACGAUGGGAGCAGUGACCAGGAAGGAGCUGCAGACGAGGUGGCUGAAGGGGAGGCAGAGGAAGUUGAGGAGGGCAUUGAGGGUGGUGGGGACGGGGAAGGGGAGGAGCACAACCACAUCCUCUCUCAGGUCCAGGAGCAGAUCGCAACGGCCAUCUAUGGGCUGCAUCUUGGGGAUGCCACUCUGGGCCAGGAGGAGAUCCUCAGCGAUCUGCAUGUCAUAACAGUCGCCAUCCAGCCCCAGAGCCCAGAUGGGGCCCCACAGGAAGCGCCGCACGGAGACCAGCCACCGCCCAGCAUUGAUGACAUUGCAUCACCUGUCGUGCCAGGCGCAGAGCUUGCAGCCUACCCUGCUGAGAAGCAGGGCGGCCCCAGCAGCGAGCUGGAUGGUGUGCCGUUUGAGAUGCUGGACGCCCCUGCCGCCAGCUCGUACGACCUUGCGGCGCAGCCCCUCACAGCCGCCAGCGUGGAUGCCGGGGGGCACAGCGGCGACCAGAGCCAGAGCCGCCGCAGCCCCAAGCGCGCAGCCGCCGAGGAGCUGGAAAUGGACGACUGGCAGCCGCGGAGGCGCCGCAAGCGCCCGCGCACGCUCUGCAUGCGCCUGCUGGCCAUCCUGCCCCGGCCCCUGCGCAGGCUCACGCGCUUCGGCGGCCGCGCGUACUGGCGCGGCGUGCGCCGGCCGACUUCAAGCACCUCCGGCAGCUCGCAGGACCAGGAGAUUCCAGAGCCCGAGAGCCCCCUGGAGGGCAUCGUCAAUCCGACAGAGGCCGAGGCUCAGGCCAGCGGCGGCCAAGCAGAUGGCGGCUUUGUCUUCCAGGCCGGCAUCCCCGCCACACAGGAGCCUAUGCAGGAUCAUGUGGAGGAUGACGUUCAGGAUGAGGCAAGUGAUGGGGUGUUGGAUUGCCAAGACAUGUCCCAGGAUGAGCCUGCUGCGGAGGAUGCUGCCGGCAUGGAGCCAGGCUCCCAAGCCGGCCUUAUGACCAUAGGGGCGACGGGCAUCUUUCAGGAUGUGUGUGUAGCCUACGAGGAUGCGCUGCAUGAGGAGGAGCUGGCCCUGCUGGCCCAGGCAGAUGCCGAGGCCCAAGCCCGCCUCAUGAGGGAAUUGGCCAGACAGGAUCCCCGCUCGGAGGACAUGCCAGGCCUGGGGCCCCCUAUGGACGAUGAUAGCGAUUCGGAGGACAUGGACGACAAUGAAGCCGACACCUCUGCGCCCAGCUCACCACAGGACAUGUCUUCUGGCAACGAGAGGGUCGAGGAGCCAUUGCCUGCCCCAGUAGAGGACACACCAGAAUCGCCCAUAGCCGCUAAUGCGCAUCGCUAUGGUGGCAUGUUCACUUUUGGAGCCGCACACCACAGCCGCGCUCCCAGCCCUCGCCGCCAGCACCUCUCCCACAGCCGCUCACAGGGCGAGGGCAUCCUGACGCCGGUCCUGCGCCGCAGCAGCAGCCGCAUCGGCCGCAGCGCCAGCCGCUCUGUGAGCCAGCGCAGCGGCAGCAGCUACAGCCGCAGCCGCUCGUCCAGCGGCUUGAGCCGGUCCCUGAGUCGGCGCGCCCGCAGUGAAAACCGCUCACCCGGCUCUGCCCGUUCAAGCUCCCCAGGCUACGAGCUGCAGCCCAGCCACUCGCUCAGGCGCUCAUUCCGGCGCAGCAUGACGCCGUCGCGCGGCGGCUCUGCUCAGCGCGCGUCGCGCAGCCGGUCUCCUGAGGCGAGCCGCGAGCGUCGCAGCGGGCACCGCUACACUACUGAAUUUCGCUUCGGCCGCAGCCUGUCCCCCGCUGGCCACGCGCGCAGCCGAUCUCCAAGCAGGGCCAGUCCCUCUGCUGACUGUGGACGCUUCAGCAGGCUGUCGCCCAGUCCUGCCAGGAGCAAUUCAUCAAGCCGCAGCCCGAGCAGGCACAGUCGCAAGCCCCGCAACGGGGAUGUCACCUAUGAGACAGAGUCUGGCAGCCCGGCGCGCUCACCGUGCAGGAAGGCUCCCACAGAGGAUGCCGAAGGUGAGCUGCGUCAGCUGGUGCGCGAGUGCGAGAACCUGGAGGCAGUUGCAUCACCACGCGCUGUCGCCCGGGUGGCCGAGCUGUCCCCGCUGCUGAGCCAGCCCGGCGGCCGCAAGCGUGGAGUGCUGCUGUCGCCCUCCCGCUCGCCCAUCCCCAGGGGCCAUGUCCUGGAUGACAUAUCGGCUGAUCAGGAGGAGGGCGGCGGCCGCCUGACCGGAUCGCCAGAGAACGGCUAUUGGCUGGUGGGAGAAGGCGACCGUGAGGAGCCUGACUUCCUUGCCGCCAAGAGGUUGACGGCCAGCCAGCUGUACAAUGACCUGGCGGACAACUACCACCCGGACGACGAGAACCUCGAUGUUGCCUUCUCCCCUCCGCGCUUGGGCAGGCAUGCACCGCUAGUCCUCACAAAACACAUCUUCUUUGACCUGGACGCCGCGCCGGACGCCUCCGACCGCGCGCGGCGCCGGUUCUCCUCGAGCCCAUCCCUGCGGUCCCCGCGCGGCCGCUCGCUGGUACGCAGCCGGUCCCGCUCUGUGGUGCGGCCCAGGAGCCGCCAGGAGCCGUCCAGGUCACGCUCGCGCUCCGCGUCGCCUAAUUUCGCUUGGACGAGCCGCGCCGCGCGCACGAACUGCCCCGAGCCGCCAUCACCGCCGCCGCGCUCCGUCGAGCGCUGCACGGCGCCGCUGCCGCGCCCGGGCACCCCCGUGCCUGUGACGCGCGGCGAGGAGGAGCCACUGGGGCCGGUGGGCAACCUGCGAAGGCUGGAGCGCAGCCAGACACCUAGCGAUGAUGAGGACGUUCCGCCUGUUGCCGACCCCAGCUCGCCAGUGUCUGAUGACCACCCGACCCAGGAGACAGAUGCUGCACUGGAGGACCUGGAUGCCCCAGUGCCAAAUCUCAGGGCACAUGUCUCGAUCAUGAAGCCUAGCGAGACGCUGCCACCUCGGUCAAGGCACCUGGAGACGACAGCUUAUCAGGCGCAAUUGAUUAAAGAGCGCGAGGAGUGCGAAGCGAGAAGGAAGGCAUCACGCAUGGCACUACCCACACGCUGUGAAGACGGACAGGCAAGGGUGCCAUCUGGAGUCAGCACUGGCUCCAGCGCCAUCGAAGCACCGCAGGAGCCAGAAUCAGUCUUCCAGCGCAACAUGCGCUUUGCCCAGCGCAUCUUUGAAGCGCACAAGGCGCGCGCCGACGCGCGCAGGGCAGCCGCUGCCGAGGCAGUCACAUCCGCCGAGCCCCCGGCCGUGCGCCGGCCCCUAUCUUCGGUUGUGGGGCGCGAUGCCGCAGCCCGCAGGAUUGGUGCGCGCAACAGGGUGGCGCUCGCCUUUGCCAAGAUUGCCCGGCCGGCGCCGGCCUGGAUGCCCAUGGCCAACUUCGGCUUCGACAACCCCAUGGUGGAGGAGACAGUGGACCUCACGCAGGACGACAAUGAUGAGGAGGAGCUGCCAGCCGCCCCAGCUCAAGGCGGACGCGCCAGCACCGGCGGCAUGGACAGCAGCGGUGAGGCAGAUUUGGACGCCAUGCCCCUGUUUUAAAGGGCUGCAGAGAAAGCCGCCACCGCCAACGAUACGGCAUCGCG